UCUGGCUUGUGCAUUUGUAUUGUAUUUGUAAUUGUAAUGUUUAUACAGUUGCAUGAAGGAACUAAGUUAACUCAAAAUUCUUUAAGAACUAAUUUUUAUUUUUAUUUAAUAAAACCAAAGUGUACUGUGUUAAAAUUCUCAACUGUUAAUUCGUUCGUUUAAGAAGAAAAAUGGAACUAUAUUUUUAAUAACUAACCAGAAAGUCAUGGAUAAGGACAGCUGGAUAAUAUUCUCCAAUGCUGAUCCCAAUGGAAAUGGUAAAAGAGGUCUUCCAAAACUUCGCGAUAUUUUUCGACGACAAAGACAAGAUUCCGAUGGAGGAACUGACUGCCCCGACCUGGAGUAUGUAUACGCUGACGCAGACACAUACACCAAUGAGAUUGCCGAACUUUACAGUUACACAGAACAACCAGAAUUUCAACUCAAUGUUAAAGCGUUUGAAUACCAGAUGGAAAUGUAUGGACUGAAGCUGUGUUGGCAGAAACAAACAAUGGAACAAAAGAAGUCCAUAAUCGCUAAGUUGCUGGAUCAACUUGAAGUUUCCAAUAAGGUUUUGCGAAUGAAAGCUGCUCGCUGUUUCCUUUACCUGGCUCAGGGCUGCUGGGCAGAAAUGCAGUCGGACAAGGAACAGCAAGCUUGCACCAAGGACAACGUUUAUCUUUUGUAUGAAUGUGGUGUGUUCCAUGCUUUUGUUGAACUCCUCAAUAUUGAAAUCGACAACAGUGCAACAGCCUCAACUGCUAUGCGAAAACUGGCUGUAAGUCUUGCGGACUCCACAGACCUCCGCGUCAUCUUGAGUGUUCUGUACAUCAUAGCUGAAGUGAUACGUUGCAUGGGCGAAGAUGACUCACCCGAGUGGCAAAGGCUUGGGGAAGCCUUUAAACACGAUAUCAGUCAUCCCAUAGGAGAUGAGCUGUUAGUAGUGAAGCUGUUCGGAAUGGUGACGAGAUUCUGUAGUGGCUCAGCACCUCAUUUUCCAAUGAAGAAGGUGCUGUUGUUGCUCUGGAAGAUGAUUCUGGUAUCUCUAGGUGGCAUCAGCGUACUUCGCGAACUCAAAUGGAAGUACAGAGAACAAGCUGGGCUCACAGUCCUGGAAGAAGACACAAUCGCAGUGGUACGCACUAUGAGGGCAUCAUCGCCACCGGCCUGUGCGGCAGACUUACUCGAGGCUCACACUCAGAACCAGAAACGUAACAACAGGCCUUUCCGAAGGAGUCUGAUGAAACAGAGUUCACUAGAUGAGUCUUUGGGUAUAGAGUUUGAGCAGACCGAUGAGGAAAUGAGGGAGUUUGAUGAGCAACAAGCCAUGGAAGAUACAGGAGACAUGCCACAACCUCCCAGUCCCCACCCCAUGACACCUGCUCCUGCUAAAGGUUUGCCUUGGAUACCAAAAGUUCGACAGAAGGAUUUAGACGUGUUUCUAGAGAAUACUAGAAUCAAGUUUGUAGGCUUCCCGUUACAAGGAGAUAGAGAAUCUCUGUUUGGACUGCCACAGCCCAUUCACGAAGGAGUACGAGUUUUGAAACAGCACAUCUAUACUUCCCUGGCAGAGAUCCAAGUCCAGCAAGAGGAGGAUAUUGCGAAGAGUCCUAUAUCAGUGAAGGAGCCCACUGUAGCUCUGACACCCACUGAAACUCUUUACCAGGGUCUUCUACCAAACCUACCACAAUACAUGAUAGCUUUGCUCAAGAUACUGCUGGCAGCUGCUCCAACAUCAAAAGCUAAAACCGACUCCAUCAACAUAAUGGCUGAUGUUUUACCCGAAGAGAUGCCAAUGACCGUCCUACAGUCACUGAAAUUGGGGACAGAUGUAAACAGGCACAAGGAGAUUGUUGUGAAAGCCGUCUCUGCUAUACUUCUGCUACUGCUCAAGCACUUCAAGCUCAACCAUAUCUACCAGUUCGAGUUCAUGUCUCAACAUCUGGUUUUCGCUAACUGCAUACCCCUUGUGCUCAAGUUCUUCAACCAAAACAUUGUGGCAUAUGUCAACUCAAAAAAUGUCAUCCCGAUCCUGGACUUCCCUGCGUGUGUCAUUGGAGACCAGCCGGAGUUGACUGCCGAGAGCCUGGAGAUCGGAGACAGCCAGCUCUACUCUUGGCGCAAUGUAUUUAGCUGCAUCAACCUGCUUCGCAUUCUCAACAAGCUAACCAAGUGGAAACACUCUCGUAUCAUGAUGCUGGUGGUGUUCAAGUCGGCCCCCAUCCUCAAGAGGACUCUCAAAGUACGCCAUGCAAUGAUGCAGCUGUACGUCCUCAAGCUCCUCAAAAUGCAGACUAAGUACUUGGGUCGCCAGUGGAGGAAGUCAAAUAUGAAGACCAUGAGUGCUAUUUAUCAGAAAGUGCGGCAUCGUCUCAAUGAUGACUGGGCAUAUGGAAAUGAUCUUGAUGCGAGGCCUUGGGACUUCCAAGCUGAGGAAUGUGCUCUAAGAGCUUCUGUAGAUAGAUUCAACACAAGACGCUAUAGCACGAACAGUUUGGACCCAGACUACGAGCCUGUAGACACCUGCAUCACCAGUGUCCUUGGCUCUCUGAACAGUGUCAAACUGACGGAAGAGUUUAAGCAACAUUAUGACCUUUGGCUGCAGCAAGAAGUGUUCCAAACAUCUGUUAACUGGGAUGAGAUCCUCAACUACAGUUAUAUGUAGACCGUGGACUAUGGACCUGUAUUUGGGGCCAUUUCCUUGUUACAAAAUAAAGUCCUAUGUUUUUUAAGGGCAUAGGAACACAAUGGACAUUUUCUUUUAAUUUUAAAAGCUUGUUGUAUACUCAUUUUAAAAUUACUGUUCAAAUUUAUGACUGUUUAACUAGGUAAUAUCCGUUUCAUUUAGCCAGUAUAUAGAAGACUAUAUCAAAUAUUGUGUAGAGAUGAGGACAGUUCCACAAAAUUGGUUUACAAUAAGAGAAACACAUCAAAUGUAUUUAUUUAUAGGUUACUGCUGUAAUUAGGAUAUAAAUGUUGAAACGCUGGCAUUUCACUCACACUGAUGACGACGGAAAGGUUCUCUUCCUCUCGAAUGAAGCUGUCGUUAAUGGUCUCUUAAGAUAAACAUGUAUUUUCAUUUUUGCGGCCAUUACUAGUUACCAUAUCCCACUGAGGUAGACUCUCUUAUAAUAAGGUAAGGCAAUCCAAAUACUAGUAACGAGAGUAACUUGUAUGAUACAUUUCACCUUAAACUGUUCAUAUAUUUAUGAUCUGCUAUCUAGUGGUGGGAUAACAGUUUAAGUUAUCUUAAUCGUUUUUUGAUUUUUUUUGUUUUCAUUAUCUAAUAUUUAUUUAAAUCUUUUUUUCAACACGUACAAUGAGUUAGAAAGCUAUUUUGUUAACAAAUUUCUGAAACGUUAUUGGAUAGAUUGGAAGAAGUUUAAUCUAUUGCGGACCAUAGAUAUUUUCCGAAUGUCCCUGCAUAAAAUGGACUAAAAUCACAAGCAUAUUCAGUGAAUAUCCUUUGUUUCCUAAGGUCUCUAGCAUGUUGAAUCUUAUCUUGUCUUAUCUGAACCCUAUGUUGUGUGGGCUGACAAGAGACUGAUACUCGCAUUAUCAUUAGUUAACGAUGGCAAGUGAAUUGUCGUAAUUCAGCUUGAUAUUGACUUUUUGUUGUCGUUUCAAUUAUGGAACGUGAUUUACGUUGGUUACAACAUUAAUUAUUGUAAACGUAAUUAGUACUUCACAAACAAUAUUUUGGCAGAACCUUGAUAUGUUGCCUACGAAACAUAAAGGUAAGUAUUAUUACUAGUAGAUAGGUAAAUCAGCAGGCUUACCAUGAAAAUUAUCUUGUUGGGUCCACCAGUUAAAAAAACAAAAUAAAAGUACACAUUUUUCACAUAAUUAGAAAUUUUCGAUUGCACUGCAAUCGUUCUCAACCAGUAGAGAGCAAUGUAGUUGUCUGUUCAUCUACUGAAUGCUGAAUUUUCUUUCAUUGAAUAGUCUUUCAGCAGUUUGAGGUAAAUAUUGUUAUUGUUUAUUAACUAGUGUUGAAUGUUUUAAUACAAUCUAGUCAUAAUAAAUUAGAAAAUAGGUGAAAGUAUAACAUUAAACGUUUAAUUUUGUCGGGACCAUAAUCUAAAACGUGCCCUAUUUCUAUCCACUUUAAGCAAGGACAUCAGGAGCACGCCUUUGAUCAGGAAUGACUUAGCAGAGUGCAAAAUAAUUUGUACCAUAAUCUACACCACAUCAAAUGGGUUAAAAUCGGUGAAAGUAAUUCUUGACAGAUUCAUUGAUAUAUUUUUCUGAACUUCAUCUAGGACAAAAUAAUUUUGUUAGACAAAUACAAGGUUGUGGAGCUUGAAGAUACAGGUGUGGCUAUCAUUUUUUGCCAAAAAACUGUUUACUAUAGCACUGACAUAAGACUUAACCAAACCCCAGAAGUUUUGGUAGAAGAAUUGCUGCCAUUUGCGUGUCCUGUACUAUAUAUAAGUUAAGGUUAAGUCUACCUCAGUGGUUUAAGGUUGCUUUACUGGGCGUGGUUUUUUACCAAGUUUGCCAUACCAGAAGCGUAACCACUGGUCACAAGAGUAAGGUUGGUGAAAUAAGGAAAGGGAAAAACUGCCAGUUCAGUGUAUAGCCUCCUUCUUCCAAAUAAAAUUGCUAUAGAUUUUUCUAACUAUCUUUUUUUUUAAUUUUUAAACCCAUUUCUUUUUAUAUGUUUUAUUUGAUAAUUUAUCAUUAUUUACUGAAUUUUACAGUAAUUAUUGCUAUAAUUUAAAAAUAUUUAAAUCCAAAACGUUUUGUUAUUGUUCUGUUUGUUAGGCUUUAUUUAUUCGCUGUUAUUAAUUAUUAGACAAAUUAUUAACAAUAAUAUAUUAUUGUAGCAUGGUUUUUACUUUCUUUACACUAAAAUGUUUUUAUAUUCCUCAACUUUAAAGUUGUUUUGCAUGCAAUUUCAAUUUUACCUGGAACUGUUAAGUAUUAAUAAGGUGGAUUAUAACUAUUUUUCUUGAUUAUGUACUAUACUGUCAUGCAUCAUACAGUUAUCGUUUUUUAAUUACAGAAAAACUGGAAUUAUGUAUAUUUUAUUUAAAGUGUUACAAUUGCAUAGGACGAAAUGGAAUUAUUAUUUAUAUUUAUUACAUAAUAUUAAAACUUUCCUCUAUGGUUUUUACUUUUAUAACAACAUGUCACAAAAGGUUCUAUGGACUUUUUACUGACAUAUAUUUUUGAAGCUUAGACUUGUAUGAAUAAAAUAUGAUCAAAUAAA